AUGUUAAAGAUUGGCAUUUGUUCAUCAAUUACAAUUAGUAAUUCAAUCUCUAAUUCGUAUCAUUCACCAUCAACAUCUACAGUUGUAGUAGGAAAUCAAUUACAACAACAGCAACAACAACAACAAUAUGUACAACAACAAUUACAAUAUCAAUAUGAUAGUUUAAAUCAGAGUCAAACAUCACCAAAUUCAAACGAUGGUAAUAUAGGUGGUGGUAGUGGUGGUGGUAAUAAUGCAGGUAGUAAUAUAGGUAUAGGUGGUGGUGGUGGUGGUAAUAAUAAUAAUAUAGGCGGUGGUGGAGGCAGUGGUGGCGGUGUUAAUAUAGGUUCAGGUAGUGGUGGUGGUGGUAGCGGUAGCAAUAGUAAUAUAGGUGGUGGUGGCGGUGGCGGUCAAUUGGGUAUGAAUGGUAUGAAUGGUAGUAAUAUGCUAUUAAUUAAUCAAAAUAUACCAACGAUUAAAUCAACCGAUUCAAUUGGCUCAACUGUUUCCAUUAAUUCAACUGGUGUAUCAUUACAAUAUAAUUCAUUAUCUUCAACUAUUGGCUCACCCUCUUCUUUAUCCUUAUUAUCACCAAUCAUUUCAAAUCCAUUCUCUUCAACAUUACCAAAUCAAAGUUAUAUGGUAAAUCAAAUUCUAUUCAAUUGUUUAUGUUUUCAUCCAAAAUCACCAAUAUUAUAUGCUGCUAUUAGAAAUGAAGUUCAUUUUUAUGAUAUUAUAACAAAAAGUGUAAUUGGUAAAUUAUUUAUUGACCCAACAGAAACCAUUAGACAUUUAAUAACAUUACCAGGUAAUAGUAUACAAACACCAACCUUUUUAUUAGCUUUUACACAAGAGGGUGUUAUUUAUUUGUGGGAUCCAGAAACCCAUAAACUUCAAACCAUUGUACAUCAAUUAAAAUUGGAUGAUAAAAGACCAAUUACAUGUAAAUCUGCUGCACCAAAUAAACCUGUUAUCUUUUUUUCAAAAAAUGAAUCUAAAGAUAUUGUUGUUGUUGAUUUUCAUAAUAAAGGAUCAUCACCAUUUAAAUUAAAAGGACAUAAAAAACCAAUUUCAGCAAUUGCACAUCAUCCAGCAAAAACCAUUUUAGCAUCAUGUAGUACUGAUGGUCAAUUAAAGAUUUGGGAUACAAGAAAUAAUAUGUCAUUUUUAAAUUUUGAAGAGUUUUCAUCCUAUGAGAAUACUAGAAAUAUUGAACAUUCAAAUCAUUACUUUUUAGUAUUUGAACCAACUGGUAAAUAUUUAGUAAUGACAGGUUCUUCAGGUUUAACUUUAGUUUAUGGUGAUUUAACUUCUCAAAAUCCACAAGAAGUAAUUGCAAAUGGAUUUAUUUGUAAAGGUCAAAAUAUAUUAUCAAUUGUUCAUCAUCCACAAUUACCAUUGUUUUUUGUAUUAUCAAUUGGACCAUCAGGCUAUGAAGAAUUAUCAUCAUGGGAAAUUAAUAAUCAAUACAAGACCAUUGUACAAUCACCAUUGAUCCCAACAUUUAUACCAGAGAUUAAUGAUUCUUUAUCUUAUCUUUCAAAAUAUUCAAAACCAUUAACAAUACCAAAGUUUAACCCUGUCUCUAUAGUUAUUCAUCCAACUAAAAAUUAUUUUUCAUUACAAUUAGAAGCAUCAUCAAAUAUAUCUUCAACAAUAUCACCAUAUCCAUCAAAUAUAAAUAGUCAACCAUUUUCAUCGAUUAGACAUAUAAAUCAAAAUAUAUAUUCAAUUAAUUCAUAUGAUCAUUUGAAUCAUUCAUUCCCAUUGGUUAGUAAAUUACCAUUACCAAUGGGUUUCUUUUUUGAACCAGAGAAUACAUUUAAUUAUCCAUCAGAGAUUACAUUCUUUGAUGGUACCUAUGUAAAGAGUUAUUUACCAUUGAAUGGUAUUACAAAGAAAUUGAUCGAUACACCAAUAAUGGUAAAUAGUGCUAGUGGAAUGGGUAGUGGUGGUGGUGAAGAUAUAUCAAAAGGUAAGAAAUUCUUAUUCAAUAAUGAAUUUCAAUUAUUUGCGUUAAUUUAUGAUAGUUUUUCAGUGGCAGCUCAAGCUCAACUUAGUAAAUAUCUCAUUAUGGAUUUACAAGGAUUGGUUAAUCAACAAGGUGAUGGUUCAGAUUGUGUUUUCAUUGGUAAUAAUCAACAAAUUCUAAUUUUAGGUUUAGAUGGUAAAUUGGCAAAAGUUGCAACCUUAUCGAAACAAGGCGUUAGCUCAUUCAAGAAUUUCACAUUGGUACCAAGAAUUACAUCAGUUCAUUCGACACCUUUGGGUGGUAACAAGGUUGUUUUAUACUUUUGUCAAGAGAAAUCGUGUUUGGUAUUCUCAAAGAAUGUCAACCAAAGUGAUCCAUCAUGCAAAGACAACUAUAUGGUCGAUAUCGAUGGCGACAAUGGUAUCUUACAAUUGCAACCAAAUGAAAAGGUAUUCCAAAUCGAGUGGCAAUCAGAUCCAAAAUCAUCUCAACACAUUUGUGCUAUCCUCACCAAUCAAAGAAUUAUCAUAACAAAUUCACGUCUUAGAAUUAUAAAUCAAAUUCAUUCACCACCAAAUCAUCAUCAAUCAACUUCUUCCUAUUUUCAAAGUAUCUUUUGGUUAGAAUGGACAUUACUCUAUACAACAUCAACCCAUUUAAUGUAUAUGACCUUACAAAAUAAUCAAGCACCAAAGCCAAUCUCAACUCUAUCAAUUUCACCAAUUAUCUUAUCAACUAUCUUACCUGAUCGUAUGAUUUUCGGUUACCAAGGUUUACAAGUACCUGGAAAGAAUGAAACCACCGUUCGUUGUCAAGCCAUUGGUAUUUUAGAAUGUUUAAUCAUUGGUUUACUCUCUUUACCACCUUUUAUUCAAUAUGAAAAGAAAUAUUUAAGUAGUUGUUUACAAAAUAUCGUACAAAAAUUAGAUUACACUAGAAUUAGUAAACAUGUUUUAGAUAAAUUAAGGGAACGUUCUUUCACAGAUUUGGCUUAUUCCUUAUCCAAUGAUAUGAAAAUAUCACAAAGUAAACAAAGUUCACUAGAGAAAUUUAGAAUGGCUUGGAUUUCAAAACAAUAUGAAGCUGCUAAUCGUCAUCUCUCGAUUGAAUUCAAUAGAAUCUCAAUCAUAAAGAAUCCAAACGAUACUGAAAAGAGACAAUUCAAUAAAUUGAAAGAGAAUAUGCGUGAUUUCGGUAGAGAAUGCAUGAAUGCUGGUCAUUAUUUACUAGCAAAGGAUUGUUUCCAAAAACUAUCCGAACAUAUCUAUCUCUUACAAAUAUCAAUACUCUUAAAUGAUAGAGACUCUGUCAUCGCAAUCAAAAGAGAUGCAGAGCUAAGAGGUGAUGAUCAUGUUUUACUCGCUGCUUGUGAUAAAUAUUUGAAUAAACAAAAUAAAUCAAUCAAUAAAGUCAAUCCACCAGUUGUAAAGAUUUUACCAUGGGAUCCAACAGCCACAACCAAUGUUAGUAUGAAAUCGGGUUUGGAUUAUCUCUCCCCAAUCAAUUUAAAUUCAAUUCAAAGAUAUUAUCCAAUCUCUUUACCAUUUAGUGGUGCAAGUGCCUCUUUGAAUGGUGGAAAACAUAAACUAUUACGUCCUCCUGAAGAAAGCUGGCCACCUGAAGAUUUUAAACAUUCCGUUGCAAUCACUCCUCCUCGUACUCUAAUGUCUUUGGUUGCCAAUCGUUUAUCAACUAAAUCCCAUAUGUCUUCAACUACAACAUUACGUCGUUCACCCUCAAUUGAAAAUAUUAGAACUACCUCUACCACUUUUGACUCUUCAAAAUUCAAUACCGAUAAUCAAGAGCUAUUCGAUGAUGACUCUGAUGAUGACUCUGACUCUGGUGCUGAUGCCGAUGUCGAUAGUGAAAAUGAAGAAGAUAGAAAAUUGGUUAUGACUGUUCCUGCCUCACUACAGCAUAAUGAUAAUUCUUCUCUAACAAAUAUCACCGUAACUGAUAAUGAUUCAAAUUUAGAUCAAGAUAUAACCUCAAAUACUGGUUCUGAUAUUGCUGAUUUAAAUGAUACUCAAUUAUCUUCAACUCCAACUCCAACUACAACCUUAUCUUCUUAA